AUGCACGUCUUGCAAUUAACUUUCAAGAUUCUGACACUUGUUGGAUGUUGGCGGCCGCAAUCGUGCUCGUCACUUUAUUUGCGUAUAAUAUACGAUGCAUACACGGUUUUUAUGAUUAUAUUAUUAUAUACUUUUUUGAUAUCGCAAUUUUUGGACAUUGUCUGGAAUGUUGACAAUGCCGAAGAUUUUACCGAAAAUUUGUACGCCAUGAUGGCAUCGGUUGUUUCAUGUUCUAAAAUGCUCAGUUUGUUAGUGAAUCGAAAGAAUAUUAAUAUGUUAAUCAACGUACUCAUCGAAAAGCCGUAUAGACCACUGGAAAUGGACGAAAUGAGAAUUCGGUACAAAUUUGAUAGACUUAUAUAUAUCAACACACUCUACUAUACAAUUUUGGUGGAAACAACAUGCGCAUGUAUAACCGUGACAUCUUUAUUCACGGUGUUCAGUAAAAGAAAUUUAACAUAUCGAGCAUGGCUACCGUAUGACUAUUAUUCGUCUAGCAUCAUAUUUUGUCUUACAUAUGCUCAUCAACUUAUUAGUCUGACGGCUGGAUCGCUCGUCAACGUGGGCUGUGACAGUCUCAUUUGCGGAUUGUUGGUGCAAAUUUGCUGCCAAAUCGAGAUCUUAGAAUGCCGACUAAGCAAAGUAUCGAAUAAUGACGAUAUUCUUCGCAACUGUGUACGUCAUCACAACAGUAUAUUGCAAACGAAUACAUUAUGGUAUACAAUUUUGGUCGAAGCGACAUGUACAUGCGUCGUGUUGACAUCAUUAUUCACCGAUUUUCGGAAAGGUAAUUUAACAUACAGAGAAUGGACACCAUAUAACAACACGUCCGAGGUGAUAUUCUGUAUCGUAUAUACUCGUCAAUUAAUAAGCACGAUUUUUGGCUCUAUGGUGAACGUUGCGUGCGACAGUCUGAUUUGUGGUUUAUUAUUACACGUAUGCUGUCAGCUUGAAAUACUGGAGUACCGGCUGAAAAAGAUCUUCCUCGGUCAAAACAAUCUGCGCGAAUGUGUAUGUCAGCACGACUGUAUAUUUAAAUUUGCAUUAAUGGUAAACGAAAAAUUCAAGAUGAUUAUCGCUAUUCAAUUUAUUGUGAGCACACUGGUGGUAUGUUCCAAUUUGUAUCAAUUAGCAAAGAUAAAAUUGACUGCGCAAUGCUUUCCAUUGAUAUUAUACACAUGCUCCAUGCUCACACAAAUUCUUAUCUAUUGCUGGUAUGGGAACGAAGUAAAGCUAAAGAGUGUCCAACUCACCACUAAUAUCUUUGGAAUGGGAUGGUUGACAAUGAGGCAAAGCAGAAAACAGAAUUUAUUAAUAAUUAUGAAUCGCUCAUUAAUACCUAUUGAAUUUUCUAGCGCGUACAUUCUUACAAUGAAUCUUAAUUCUUUCGUAAGCUUACUUAAAACAUCAUAUUCGGUUUAUAACGUACUACAACAAAUUUUAAUUUCUCUUUGUCUCCUGCGCAAGUGCGCAAGCGGAUUGUGCAGCGCAGGGUGUUUACUAGACUGUCAGGCAAUCCCUACUCUUCACUCACCACGCGUUACCGGUGCGUACCGUAAGCCGGAAUCUGUUUUUAUGUGCUUAUUAUUGCUCACUUUCAUGUUGCCGCAACUCAUGGAUAUUAUCCUGAAUGUUAAUAAUGCGGACGAUUUCACGGAUACUUUUUAUAUAAUGUUGGCCAUGAUCAUCGCUGUCUGCAAGAUGCUCAGUCUAUUGCUAAAUCGCAAGAAUAUUGAGAUAUUAACUGAUGCAUUGGUUGAUAAACCAUUUAGACCUUUGGAACCAGAUGAAAUUGAGAUUCGACAAAAAUAUAAUAACAUAAUACGGACCAAUUCUAUAAUAUAUACGAUUUUUGUUGAGAUAACGUGCGGAUGCAUGAAUUUAACAUCUUUGCUUACGGAUUUCCGGAAAGGAGAUUUAGCGUACAGAGAAUGGAUACCCUAUGAGUGGUCCGAUACAGUGUAUUAUCUCACGUACUUUCGUCAAUUAAUGAGCUUAACUGCUGCGUCGAUCGUGAAUGUUGCUUGUGAUAUAAUGAUUUGUGGAUUGCUGUUGCAUAUUUAUUCCCAAAUCGAGAUCUUAAAGUGCCGUGUAAGAAAAGCCUUGCGCAACCGAGACGACUUGGGUGAAUGUGUACGUCAGCACGAUCAUAUCUAUAAGAAUAUCGCAAUGUGUUAUGUUUUUUUGAUUAUGGCCACUUGCGCAGGCCACUUCGUGGUAUCAUUACUAACACAUUUCAAAAAGAGGCAGUUAAUACUUAGAGGAUGGAUACCAUAUAAUUACUCAUCGUUCGUGCUAUUUUGUUUCACAUACACUCAUCAAUACGUAGGCGUGAUAUCCGCAGCUUUUAUUAACGUUGCUUGUGACAGUCUCAUUAUUGGUCUGUUAUUGCAUAUGUGCUGUCAAAUUAUGAUUUUACAAUAUCGUUUUAAAGGACUUAUAAAUGGCCAAAAUACUCUAGGUGAUUGUGUACGCCAACAUCAUCACAUAAUCCAAUUUGCAUACGCGACUAACGACAGAUUCACGAAAAUCAUCGCAUUUCAAUUUAUAGCAAGUACAUUCGUAGUGUGCUCGAACUUGUAUCAAAUAACUAGAACAAAAUUAAUAAUAGAUUUCAUUAUUUUUUUUAGUCUUCAAUUGGUCGAUAGUAUAUUCGAAAUAGAGUGGAUAGCAUUGGACCAUAAAACAAAAAAAAGUCUUUUGAUAAUUAUGGCUCGCGCAAUGAAACCUAUUGAAUUUCACAGUGCACACAUUUUUAACAUGAAUUUAAAUUCUUUUGUAGCGGUGAGUAUAAAAAAUUUGCUUAAAACAUCAUAUUCUGUUUACAAUUUGCUAGCCCAAAUACAGGAAUAA